CCCCACGUGGAGGAAAGAAGAGCUUACAGGGAAACCGGUAGGGAGAAUGGCGGCGGCGGUGGUGGGUGCUGUUGCCAGCGAGCUGCAGAAUGAUCAUUUGCUUCCCGAGUCAGAGGAGGGUCGGCCACCGACGUCUGGAAACGAGGAGGAAGGUGUUUUGGUCACACCUGAUCCAGGAAAGCCGCGAUCGACUUCUUUGGGCGAGAAGCGAAAGGAGAUUCUCUCCAUCCCCAAAGGGAAGCCUAAAUCCGGGCGGGUGUGGAAAGAUCGUAACAAACAGCGGUUUUCUUACAUGAUUCAGGACAAGCCUUUGCGUACCUCCUGGGAACGCAAGAUGAAAGAACGCCAAGAAAGGAAACUAGUCAAAGACUUUGCUCGACAGUUGAAGGAAGAAAAGCAGAGAGAGCGUGAGGAGAAAAAAAAACGUAGGGAAGAGAAUUUAAAAAGACGUCUGGAGAACGAACGAAAAGCAGAGAUUGUACAAGUGAUCCGUAAUCCAGUGAAACUGAAGCGUGCCAAGAAGAAGCAGUUGCGGCGCAUCGAGAAGCGAGAUACCUUGGCGCUACUGCAGAAACACCAGUUGCAGCGCAAAGUAGCCAAAGAAUGAAAGGGGGAAAUGGCCUCUUACUUCUGACACAUAGAAUGUGGUUUUUGAACACAUAAGAGAGUGCUGGAUCCACUGCAAUAGUGACUUUCUGUGCAGUGCAGAUAUCUGCCUGGCUUCCAUUGCCACUGACAGACUGAUUCUCCUGGAGGACUCUGUGUUGCAUCCAGAUGAUCCCAAGCUCAAGCUUCCUCUUCCUUUUCACUGGUGCCUGCCAGGCACAAAGCCAAAGGCUCAACCUCUGAGAUUUUUUAUUAUAGGAACUCAGGGAGCUCCGGGCCGUUUAGAAUGGAACAGAGCACCGAAGGUGUUAUUUGACCAUCUGCAGCUUCUAUGCUUAGAGUGUAAUGCAUAUGAAUGUGUCAUGAUGAAAAUGAGGAUUAAAUCUAUAUUUCCUUGAUAGCCAUGACUCAAGAUCAAAAAGAACAUGGCUGUUCUUUGUUGACAGUGUUCUUAAUUGGGAUGGAGUUGGGCAGCUGCUGGGUGCACAAGUGACUGAGAUGAUAGGUUUAUCACUAGUGUGAACUUUAGUUCUGAAAAAUAUAUGCUCUCUCUCCCCCUCCAUACACACACCUGGUGUCCUGCACAAGUAAGUGUUCAGCUGUAAUUCCCAUUAGCCCAAUUCAACGUUGGUCAAGAAAUAUGGGAAUUAUAGUUCAGAACAUCUGGAGGGCUCCAGCUUGGAAAAACUUCAGUAUGUAAAGAUGGAAGAAGAGAUUUUUUAGUAAAUACCCUAAUGCUGUUUCUAGCAAUAAAUUCAUCAGGGGGAGGGUGUUGUGCCACUAGUAUGAAAAUACAUUUGUAGGAUACAACUUAGGCCUUGCAAGAAAAUGUGAGUACAAGUAGUGAGAGACACUAAAUGUUUAAAUCUGAUUCUGUUUGUGGCCUGUUGUACAUGGUCCUCUGGAAGUUGCUAUGUCCUGCAGCGGGUCAUGGCCGCACAUGUAGAAUGGUGGUAAAGUGAAGAUAACUGAAUUAAAAGCUAUUUCUCAAGGCCUAGUCUGGGCUGCAUAGA